UUUCCCAAAGAGUUCGCGAGACAUGGCUAGCCGUCCCCAAAUGGAAGACGAGGAGACGAAGCUCAUCGACGUCAGGGAAAAGUUGUUCAAGGAUGCCAUGAAGGGCAGGUGGCAAGCUGUGGCGGACAUCUACGCCCAGGACAAGAAGUUCCGCGAAACCAAGAUAACCUGGGCUGGAGACACCUUGCUGCACUUGGCCGUAUCGAGCGGCGAAGAGAAGAAUGUGAAAUUGCUCAUGAACUGCCUGAUCAAGACAGAGGACGAGAAACGUAGACGGGAGAUUCUGGAGAUCCAGAACGAUAGGCUUGAGACGGCACUCCACAUCGCCGCCGCUCUUGGGAUGGUGGGCGCGUGCUUGGACAUGGCCAGGUUACACCCUACAAUGGUGGUCCGCAAUCUCAACAGGCGCAAAGAGACGCCCCUCUUCAAGGCUGUGCGUCACGGCCAGAAGAGAGCCUUCUUUGCCCUGCAGUCUGUCGUGGAGACCUACGUUGAGCCACCCCCUCGUGUCAACAGGGAAGGUCUCAGGAGAGAAGGUGGCGACACCAUCCUCCACAAUGCCAUAUUCGCGGAGCACUUUGAUCUGGCCUUGGAGAUCAUAAACUGCUAUCCAACUUUGGUGAACGCUAUGAACGAGAAGGGGGAGUCGCCUCUUCAUGUGCUGGCCAACAAGCCGUCAGUUUUCAAAAGUGGAAGCCGUUUCAGCCUACUUGACAGUGUAAUCUACUAUUGUAUAUUUGUGGAUCCACUCACCAUCAAAUAUCGAAGGUACAAGGAGAGAUUCAGUAAAGAUGAAGGCAUUGAUAAUGAAAAGGCAUUGCAUGAUCGGAAUCACAAGUUACCAAAUAAUUACCUAGCAUGCUACAACAUCUUUACUUUGCUAAAAAAUGUCUUCAAGAAUAUCGGUCAGUGCAAAUAG